AAAUCCGCGGUCAUAAUAAAUUUUAGUUAAAUUUGCAUUUUAUUGAAUAAAAAACAAACAACUCAACAUUCAAACCAUGUCCACACGCUGGUAUCCCAUAUAUCAACGCGGCAAUCCCCAGCUGCGCGUAUUCCUGCCCAACUUCUGGAUGAAACUGGUGCGGCCGGCGGAGCCCCAGCCGCCCAAUGUGGUAACAUUUGCGGUGUCCACGGAAAUGACGAUCCACGAUGUGCGCAGCUACCUGGAGAAGAUCUACAAGCUGCCGGUGAUAGAUGUGCGCACACGCAUUGCCAUGGGCGAGACGAGGCGGGACCAGACCUACGGCUACGUCACAAAAAAAGAUGAUGUCAAAUAUGCUUAUGUAACGCUGCCAAAAACUGAGGCUUUUACCUUUCCCGAUCUGUUCGAAAACAAGGCCGAGAAGCAGGAGAAGGAAGAGAAGUCCAUGGAUGAGUCCAAGGAUGGUUUCCGCAAGUUCCUCGAUCGCAACAAGAAGCGUCCCGGCACGCCCGGCUGGUACUCCAUUUAGGCGCAUAAAUUUAAGGCUUAGCAUUUAAGCUAUUUGUUGUAUUUGUUGUUGCAACGGUUGUAAUUAAACAUUUAUUUCGAAA